AUGACGCCUUCCACCACCGAGACGCCUCCCGCGGGGAGUGCCCCCGACAAUGGCACGGCCUCCGACCAAGUCACCGACGCUGGACGCGCUGUGCCCCAGACCGACCCUGUCGACCUUCAGGAAUGGCUUGCCGGCGUCCAGGCUUUGAAUUCGGUGUUGUUUACCAAGGUAAACUCACAUACCACCUCGCGAGCUGACACGAAGUACACCCUCACGGCGGCGAUUGCUCCCACCUUCCCAGUCGCCGAGUUCAUGGAGCUCACACUUCGCUCGAUGCUCCACGAGAUGAACGCUGGGAUUACAUUCACCUCCACUUGGACUGGUGGGGAGUUCUUUGACACGUUCACGAUCUAUCCUGCCGGUGGUCGCCCCUUCAACCGUGUCCAGCUCCUCGCCACGGCGCGACACUUCUGUAGCCACGUCGAGUGCGAUGCUACUUUCCGCAUUGAGCCUGCGAUCCCUUCGCUCGUCGGUGUGGUCGACACGCAGUAUCUCACGACUGCCGACGGCCGCCACCUCACCUGUGACGUCAUGUGGCUCUAA